AUGUUUAAAAGUGAAUUUUAGUGCAAUUUGAAAGACUAUCCUUAACAGAACUACUCAGAAUUCAUCAAAGGAAUCAUUGAUUCUGAUUAAACCUUAGAAAAUAUUUUUAAUGGUGAUUAAGGAUAAUUUGAAGAAUUUAAGAUUUAUUUGAAAAGCAAGAUUUUCAAUGAUCCAAAUGAAAUACAAUAGCAUCUUACCAAUAUAUAUAAUUAAUGGAACACUUAAUCUAAAGUUGUAAUUAAAAGGAUAGAAAUUUUCAGACUUAUAAUGCUAAUGUACUUAGGAUUAUUAGAGAGGAAUUUCUCUCAAGGCGGAUUUUAUAUUAUUGAUAUGAGUUCAAUAAAAUAUACGAAUAAUUACAUUUCUAAAUAGAAAUUGAAAUGUUUUUAGAACUAUAUCAAGACAUUUUACUUAAAUUCUGAUGCCAUUUAAAAUGAUCAAUUAAUAUUUACUAAAAAUACUGUUAACAAAGAAGAGUUCAAAAAGAAGUUUGAAUAAUCAAUUUAUUAGAACAUUGAUUUUGAAUUCACUUAAUUGAAAAAUGAAGAUCACCAAAAUUCUACUGUUGUAGACUUUGCUGAUUAAAAUAUAGGAGGACUAGUUCUUGAUACUAGAAAUUGUGCAUAAGAAGAAGUAAAAUNUUCUUUAUGGUUAAAUAAAUCAUAAACGAUUCCAAUUGAAACUGGAAAUCAAUUAUAAAUUGAAGUUAUGCCUUAAUUAAGAGCUUGUACACAUGAAUUAAUGAAAAAUUAUGAUAAAUAAUAGAAAAAGAUCUAAAAAUACAUUGCAAAAUUAUUAUGGAUCUCAUAGAAAUAAUACAUUAAGAGAUUAAACUUGUGUAAUAAAGUAAAUUCUUUUAUAUUUGACCUAUAAAUGAAAAAUAUUCAUUUAUAGGUCAGAUAUAAGUACUAAGUCCCCUUGUCUCUAAUUCAAGAUCAUAUUUUUUUUUGCAGUGUGUUGCAUGUCCUAAUUACAAAUUUAGCACUAUUGGUUUAAUUAGAUAAUUCUAAGCGUUCAUAAAGAGUUCCCAUCCAUCCAUAUUCACCUGUCCAGCAAUAAUUAGUAAAAAACAAUGAAUUGAUUACCUAAAAAAACCGCCACCAUCUAUUAAAAUUCAUUAAAAACUAUUAUAACACGAUGCAAUUUUUAAAUCGUAUCACACAUCAUUAAGUAUCCUCUCUUACUCGACAAACAGAUUAACUUUGUGACAUUUAAAUAAAUUUUUGUGAUACUUAAUUUUUAUUUUGA